CCUCACCAAACCACUUCUCCCAAAAGCCAAACCAAACCCACACCAGUCACUCUUACUCUCACCUCCUCUGCUCUUCUUCCUCACCCCCAAACUCUCAUCACCUGAACUUCUACACAUAUAAGAAAACUUGGGUUGUUAUCAAUUCAUUUAGAAAAGGGAAAAGAAUUCUCCCUUUCUUAUUUUUUCUUUUGGUUGAGAAAUUAUGGCUGGGACUGGAGUUUUUGCAGAUGUUAUUGAUGGAGAUGUGUACAAGUACUACUGUGAUGGAGAGUGGAAGAAAUCUUCUUCUGCUAAAAGUGUUGCUAUAAUUAACCCCACUACUCGAAAGACCCAGUACAAGGUUCAAGCUUGCACACAAGAGGAGGUGAACAAGGUUAUGGAGAUAGCCAAAGCAGCUCAAAAAUCAUGGGCAAAGACUCCUCUUUGGAAACGAGCUGAGCUACUUCACAAAGCGGCUGCUAUUCUCAAGGAGCACAAAGCUCCAAUUGCUGAGUGUCUCGUUAAAGAAAUUGCUAAACCAGCCAAAGAUGCUGUCACUGAGGUUGUGAGGUCUGGAGAUCUGGUGUCUUAUUGUGCGGAAGAAGGGGUUAGGAUUUUGGGAGAAGGGAAGUUUUUGGUUUCUGACAGUUUUCCCGGAAAUGAGAGGACCAAGUAUUGUCUCACUUCAAAGAUUCCUCUAGGUGUGGUAUUAGCUAUUCCACCAUUUAACUACCCUGUCAACCUUGCUGUCUCAAAAAUUGCUCCUGCACUUAUAGCUGGAAACUCCCUUGUGCUCAAGCCCCCAACUCAGGGUGCUGUGUCAUGUCUCCACAUGGUGCACUGCUUUCACUUAGCUGGGUUUCCCAAAGGCCUUAUUAGCUGUGUCACUGGGAAGGGGUCUGAGAUUGGUGACUUCCUUACCAUGCACCCUGGAGUAAACUGUAUAAGCUUCACCGGUGGAGACACAGGUAUUGCAAUCUCAAAGAAGGCAGGCAUGAUACCUCUCCAGAUGGAGUUGGGAGGAAAAGAUGCAUGCAUUGUGCUUGAGGAUGCUGAUCUGGAUUUGGUGGCUGCAAACAUCAUAAAAGGAGGCUUUUCUUACAGUGGUCAAAGGUGCACUGCUGUUAAAGUUGUUUUGGUAAUGGAAUCCGUUGCUGAUGACCUUGUUGAGAAAGUGAAGGCCAGGGUAGCAAAACUGAGUGUUGGACCACCUGAGGUAGACAGCGAUAUCACUCCUGUUGUUUCCGAAUCUUCAGCGAAUUUCAUUGAAGGAUUGGUUAAGGAUGCUAAAGAGAAAGGAGCAACAUUUUGCCAGGAGUACAAAAGAGAGGGCAAUCUUAUCUGGCCUUUAUUAUUAGAUAAUGUCAGGCCUGAUAUGAGAAUUGCAUGGGAAGAGCCAUUUGGACCAGUUUUACCAGUUAUUAGGAUUAGCUCUGUUGAAGAAGGAAUCCACCACUGCAAUGCCAGCAAUUUUGGACUCCAGGGUUGUGUCUUCACAAGGGACAUCAACAAGGCAAUCCUAAUUGGCGAUGCAAUGGAGACUGGAACCGUUCAGAUAAACUCUGCACCAGCUCGUGGACCAGAUCAUUUCCCAUUCCAGGGCAUAAAAGACAGUGGCAUUGGGUCACAAGGGAUCACAAACAGCAUUAACAUGAUGACCAAAGUGAAGACCACUGUUAUUAACUUGCCAACUCCUUCUUACACCAUGGGUUAGUAGUAAUACCCUUUUAAGGAAUUGGAUAUUCAAAUUCAAGAGUACUUAGUGUUGUAGCAGAUGAGUAGUGGUACUAUGUGAUCAGAAGACUUAUAAAUAAUAAUUGUAUUAUAAGUAUAAUUAUUAUUUAGUAAUUGAGUAUUAUUAGAAAGUAAAAAUAAUGUGAAGACUCUUGCUUGCUACAAUAAUCUACUUUGUAGUUAUGAUGUAAAUGCAAGAAAGAAAACAAGAAGAAAAAUAGAAAGAGAAUGGUUUUCUUUUGCUUCUGUUGUAAUUGUUUGCUAUGUUAACCAAAAAGGUUAUAAAAUCUUCAUAUGAAUAAGAACUUGGCAUAUUGUAAAGCCUUAUUUAUUGGCUUAUUUCUAGUUCA